UUUUCUGUGUUUAAGGAAGUGAAUCUGCGCUUGAGUGGCUUGUGUGUCAUCUUCAACUAAGUUUUGAUUUCUUUUAAUAAAUCCUUUAAUCUGAGUCUAUUUCUCCUUUAACCAAUGCAGUCGCUUAGUAAAACCCACGUAGUCCGGAUGGUUUGCUGACUGAAUGAAACAGAGAGUCUGUUAUACUCGUUAAAAGCAGCUCUCGGUUAUUAUUUCACACUUUAACAUCACAAUAACGUUACAGCGUUCAGCUGACAUGUGGGAAUGGCAGAUUUCGAGUCUCAUAGGCUUCAUCUCUCUAAUUCUUUUUCUAAUAGCUGUAUGUUACAUUUUGUACUCUGGUCUGACCUCUGAAAUCCAUAUCAGGACUGGUUUACCCCCUAUCAGGAGCAUCACUAUAGCCUAUAAAUACAAAGUGGGACCUUAUAAAAACUGUGGAUCACUGCUCAAAGAGAGCCGCAGCAUCGAACCCGAGCUGUCGUGCAUUGGGAUCUUCUAUGAUGAUCCAAAGAAGGUUCCAGCACAGAAGUGUCGCUAUGCUGUGGGCAGUAUUCUGAGUGAAGGUGAGGACGGACCCAAUGAGGACCAGCAGCAGCUGUACGAGAAGCACGGUUUUCGGGUUUUCUCUUUCCCAGAGGUUACACAUGUCGUCACGGCCUCCUUCCCUCACCGAACCCCUCUCUCUAUUUUCCUGGGGGUGCAGAGGGUCUAUCCACAGCUGAACUACUACAUCAAGGAAAGGAAAUUAUGCGCGCAUCCAUUUCUGGAGAUCUACCGAGGAGGGAUGAUCCACUAUAUGAGUCCGCUGGCUCGGCAGGGUGAUUUCUAUGUUCCUGAAGUUAGAGAGGCCCAAAGAAGGUUACUGGGAAAAGAGUCUGAAGAGGACAGGAAGACGGACAUCACAGGUGCUGAUUCCCACAGCGAGUGCAGUUCUGUGAGCCGCCUGCCCCCCUCCGACAGCCGGGACACCUCACCUGCCCCGUCCACCACCAGGACACACUCGCACCGAGACCGAGACUGGGACUUUGAGCGCAUGGAGAGAAGCGACACCUCCAGCGUCUCCUCCUUCGAGGAGCUGGAUCUGGACUCGGACAGGUGUGACCACACACCUCCAGCCCUCGCAGGAAGUGGCAAGGGCCAAGACAGAGAGAUGAUGGUUGAGGAAGAGUGAGAGAGCCAAUGGAAAGAGGAAAUGUGAAUAUAGUUAGUUUUAAAGGGAUAGUUCACCCAAAGAUGAAAAUUCUGCCGUUGUUCUGGUAGUUUCAGAAGCCAAGUUACUUUUUGCAGAAUCUUUACGUAUACUCGUAACAGCUUUCAAACUCUAAAAAGCACCAUAAAAGUGGUCCAUAGGACUUGUUUCCAAGCAGUGUUAUUUUAGUAUUAUUUAUAGUAUUGUAUUUUAAAAUGUUCAUUUUAAAUUUGUCUCUUAAUUUUUGUUUAAGUGUGAGUUAUUUUGUAAGAAAUAUUUAUUUUAAUAGAUCUAUUUAGCUUUAUUUUUGUUGAAUUUU